CAUAUUUUAAUUUUAGUCUUAUGUCAGGUUUUUUGUUUUUUUUUGAGAUAGUUCAUGCAAUUUUUACAAUUCUUUAUCAAAAAUUAACAAAGCGAGUGUCCAAAGUCCGCAUCCAGACGAACCAAGCUUAUCAGACAAAAAGUCAGGUGAUCCGCACGUGUCCCGCGCACGCGCGCUGCAUUUGUAUUUGAUGACUUCGCAAGCGGAUAUAGGUACGAGACUGAUACAAUGCGCGGAAAUCUCAUCAUCAUCAGAUAGAUACUACAGACCAUUCGUGUCCAGUUUUUCAUUUAGUGGACGAUCUACUUACCGCAGACCCUAUAGAAGGCUUUUCCACAUACGUUUUCCCAAUCCUGUUCCUGUCAUGGUUCCUACAGAACAAACUACCUUUGAUAUUGACCGUUCCUUGCCAGGCCAUUUGAAAAUACCUAAGGAUAGUAUUUCUACAAAGGCAGCAACCAUAUCUGUCAUUGUAAUAUUUUUGACAUCAUUAACUGCGUUAUUUCUAGUCUAUCAAACAUUUCCAAAUGUGACUGAGGAAGAAAAGCAACAUAUAAAAUUGCCAUGGAAUAUGGAAGAUGCAAAACAACUAGGAAUUGUUUUAAAUCGAUAUAAAAGUGACCAUUAUUAUCAAGUAAUGGCUGGUGUUUUUAUCACUUAUAUAUUUCUACAAACUUUUGCCAUUCCAGGAUCGCUAUUCUUAUCCAUACUCUCAGGAUUCCUGUUCCCUUUUACAAUGGCCUUAGCUUUAGUUUGUACCUGCUCCAUGAUAGGAGCGACUUUAUGUUUUAUGCUUUCCCAAUUGUUGGGAAGAAAACUGGUGUUGGCCUAUUUUCCAGAAAGAGCAGCUAAAUGGGCAGUUCAAGUGAACAAACAUCGUGAUAAUUUAUUUAACUACAUAGUAUUCUUAAGGAUAACGCCUUUCUUGCCUAACUGGUUCAUCAACCUCUCAUCACCUGUGAUAGGAGUCCCCCUCGCGCCAUUCGCCUUCGGCACUUUCGUAGGCGUGGCUCCGCCCUCUUUUAUCGCCAUACAGACGGGGCAAACGUUGAACGACAUGACAGUCAACGACUCCGCCUUCAAUCCAAGGUCGAUCAUGUGGUUGGCCCUCUUCGCCGUCGUCUCGCUGUUGCCGAUCUUCCUGAAGAACAGGUUCAAGCAAAAAGAGGACUAGGAUGAAGAAACCGCAACGGGCGAGACGUAGGUUAAUUUGUUUUGUUUGCGGGGAAGUAGAUAGGGCGAUAGUGAAGAAUACAGAGUUACCGGUAGAACGGGCGCUCGCGAAAAAGCCUUUGAUCUGAGAAACUCGUUUUUUUAGGUGAGUCACUUGAAGAGGUCCCACACUUUUUUAUUGAUUUAUGCAGGGUGGAGCUGUCGUACGUAAGGAAUACAGUGUCAAAACAUUGUCGAGUAAUUGUAUUCAUACAAUAUGAUUCAUGUAAUCAUUUUAUGGCAAGCAAAUACCUUUGCUUGAUAAAUGGCUCUUAGCCUUUUCGUCAAUGACUGGCGAUGAUUCAUCUGUCGUGAGGUCGUCUUUGUCACUAUGCAACCUCAGUAAACACAGUGCCGAUUUUGUCAAAACUUGGUAUAAGGUCGCAAGUCGGAAAAUUUAUUUGUUUUACGAUAUUCAUUCUGAAGUUUGUUAAAUGCAUUAUUUUUAUUAUGAAGCAUAGUAUUUUACUGUAAUUUAAAUAUCAAAAUAUCAUGCUACUCCUGAUGUUGCCUCAAAAUACCUAGACACACACUAUUUAUACACUUGGAAAUCUACAGUGUAAAUAAUUAUUUUAUGUUUAUGUGCAAAUUGUGGGCACGAGAUAUAAAUGAUUAAAAGUUUGUCACCAAUUCGUAGAAAUUCAAAUUUAUAACAUAAACACCACCAGUCUUGUUUUGUUUGUUCUUGCUCGUACAAUGGGAAUAUUUAUCGGAAUUACCUUUAGCUAUUUGACAAACAUUAUUAUCCCUUAGUUCUUAUGCUUCUCAAUAUUUUAUUCAAAGUUUCAUAACAAUCUAAUAAAAUAGCAAGGUAGCAAAAACGUCAGAUGAGCCGGCAACACCGCAAUCCAGGUGACACGAAUAACAGGGUCAGCUGCCAAAACUAAUGUCUAGCCUGGGGUAGCGACGGAGCCAUUUUGAGCGUCAAUUUUCCAAUUUUUGUAAGUGUUGUGCAACGAUUUCGGUAAAAAUUUACUAUUACGGGAGGCAAUGAAUGGGUGAUCGCAUCCGAAUGGCAGGUAGCAUUCCAGCCACCAGAGGCGUAAUCUGUUUUUUCGAUGGAGUAACUCUUCUGUUGGUAACUCUGUAUUCUUUGGUGAUAGUCAGAUGUUAUGGGAUAGGAAGGUGGAGCAAGUGUUGAAAAAAUGUCAGUCAGCGAGUCGGCAGUUAUGUGUUUUGACCACCUUGACUACUGACUAUUCUACUUCCUAUUUUGUUUUCAAUUUUUUGCUGUAAAUUAUAUUGUAAAAACGAUCGGGUAAGAUAUGGUGGAAGAUACCGUAUUUGUAAAGUAACGAUUAGACCUCAGUCAUAUUGACAGUUCACAAUGUUGAAGUCUGAUUUGACAUUACAUCAUCGAAGUUGUCAGUCUUUUAAAUAGAUAUUUAUUUAUCGCCGAACUGACUAUAAUUAAUGAGACAUAGACUAAUUUCAUCAUGAAGUCUUGCUUUGGAUAUAUUCGAGAUUUAAGCCGCCAAAAAGUGACCCCAAAAUACGUUUGCGCGUUAGAUUCGAACCUUGAGAAUAAACCUAAACAGGCAGACAUUAAAUUAAUCGUUAUCAUUUUCGAAUAUAUUAUGAUUUUAUGAAAAUAUAUGAUAUAUGUAUCGGAUAUACAUAAAAUUGCCAGUUUUUUUUUUAUUAAAACAGUUAGCAUUAUUUCUUGGGGUUACUAUUGAGAUGUAACCUUCAAUUUUAAUCAUAAAAAUGCUGACGAAUUUGAUAAACGCGUCUCAAUAUUAAAAGACCAACUUAUUAAAUAUAUGUCCGUAUUGGUAGUACAAAGGUAGUUUCAAAGCACAACUUGAUUUUGAAACGACCCUUGUACAAUAUAAAGCUCUUAUUUGAGAUGUACCUAUAGGAAGUUAAUAUUGUGUAUUGUGGUUGAUGUGAUUUGAUACAGAUAUAUACAAAGAACAAACUAGAAAUGAUAUUUAAAAUAUUGUAUGUGAAUACUGAAAAUCAUUAAACACCAAUCGUAUGUCGUAUAUUUUCUUAUGUGUGAAAAAGAUAUAUAUAGUAUUACAUAAAAUUUAUAUUCAUUGUGGAGAAUCUGUUGGGAAAACAUGAUUUAGAUUUACGAACAAUUGAAAGCGUUCUAUGAAUGAUUGCAUUUCAUUUAGAUUAUUUUAGAGAUGCUGUGCAUUUUUGAAAUUAUAAAUUGUGUAAACCCGAAUAUGCUAUUUUUUCUAAUGAAACAAGCAAAGCGCCUAAUAAUAAAAACAAUAAAAUAUUGGAUGUAUGGUGUUGUUGUGCGUAAUAAAUAGACCAAUGUGUUUGAUAUAAAGAAAAAUUUUAUUGUAAAAUUCUCGAUCAAUAAAGAUGUUUAUAAAAAAUA